UGUGGGCGAGGAGGCAGCCAGCACCCUACAGCCCGGGACUAUGGGGGAGCAGGACCGAAUUUGCAGUUCCAGCUGGGAGUCCCCGCAGGGCAAGAGCUCCCUGGACUCGGCUUGGUCAUGGGCUCAGACCAUGAAUUACGUUGGGCAGUUAGCCGGCCAGGUGUUUGUCACCGUGAAGGAACUCUACAAGGGGUUGAACCCGGCCACACUGUCUGGAUGCAUCGACAUCAUCGUGGUUCGCCAGCCCAACGGGAAUCUUCAGUGCUCCCCUUUCCAUGUCCGCUUUGGGAAGAUGGGUGUUCUGCGCUCACGUGAGAAAGUGGUUGACAUAGAAAUCAAUGGGGAAUCUGUGGAUUUGCAUAUGAAAUUGGGAGAUAAUGGAGAAGCAUUUUUUGUUCAAGAAACUGAUAACGAUCAGGAAGUGAUCCCCAUGUACCUGGCUACAUCACCUAUCCUGUCAGAAGGAGCUUCGAGAAUGGAAUGCCAGCUGAAAAGGAACUCUGUCGAUAGAAUAAGAGGCCUGGACCCUAACACACCAGCUCAAGUUAUACCUCCCAUUGAGACCCCAUCCAGUAGUUCUUUAGUAAAGAAGAGAAGAAAAAGGAGGAGAAAGUCACAGCUGGAUAGCCUGAAAAGAGAUGACAACAUCAACACGUCUGAAGAUGAAGACAUGUUCCCCAUUGAGAUGAGCUCGGAUGAGGACACAGAGCUGCUGGACAGCAGUAGAACUCUUCCUAAUGAUAUACCUCCAUUCCAAGAUGAUAUUCCUAAGGAAAACCUUUCCCCAGUCUCGACCUACCCUCAGUCAGCUUCAUACCCUAAUUCAGAUAGAGAGUGGUCACCCAGUCCCAGUAGCCUGAUAGAUUGCAAAAGGACUCCCCCUCAUCUUGCAGUCGUGGCCAAGGGAGGUCUGUCUAGUUCUUGCCCUCCACAGUCUUCCCAGUUCCAUCCUUCGGACAGUCCUUCAGGUUCCCGACCUUCAACACCUAAGAGUGAUUCAGAAUUGGUCAGUAAGUCCACGGACAGGACAGCACAGAAGAAUAACCUUGAAAUGCUCUGGCUUUGGGGAGAAUUGCCACAAGCUGCUAAGUCAUCUUCUCCACACAAGAUGAAAGAUUCCAGCCCACUGAGCAGUAGAAAAAUUUGUGACAAAAGUCACUUUCAGGCCAUUCACAGCGAAUCUUCAGACACUUUCAGUGACCAAUCGCCCACCUUGGCUGGGGAGCCGCUUUUAGACCAGAACAAACCUCAGACAGAAAUGCAGUUCGUGAAUGAAGAAGACCUCGAGUCCUUGGGGGCAGCAGCACCGCUUCCACCUGUUGCCGAGGAGCUCAAACUCCGCUCUGCCAGUGUAGUCCAGACAGCCAGCAAAACGGAUUCUCCUUCCAGGAAAAAAGAUAAACGAAGCAGACAUCUUGGUGCUGACGGCGUCUACUUGGAUGACCUCACAGAUAUGGAUCCUGAAGUGGCAGCCCUGUAUUUUCCCAAAAACGGAGAUCCUUCUGGACUUGCCAAACACACCAGCGACAACGGAGCCCGGUCAGCCAACCAGUCCCCACAGUCCGUGGGUAGCUCCGGUAUUGACAGUGGUGUGGAGAGUACCUCGGAUGGCCUGAGAGACCUCCCUUCCAUUGCUAUCUCCCUCUGCGGGGGCCUCAGCGACAACAGGGAGAUAACAAAAGAUGUGUUUUUGGAACAAGCCGUGUCAUAUCAACAAUUUGUGGACAACCCUGCCAUUAUUGAUGACCCCAAUCUCGUGGUAAAGAUUGGGAAUAAAUAUUAUAAUUGGACAACAGCAGCACCUCUACUCCUGGCAAUGCAGGCCUUCCAGAAACCUUUGCCAAAGUCUUCAUGCUUAAGUUACCUUAAUGUAAUUUUGGACGCCAUUAGGUUUUGCUUCUCUAAAAUUUUUAAUCCACAAAUAGCCACUGUGGAAUCUAUCAUGAGGGAUAAGAUGCCCAAAAAGGGAGGAAGAUGGUGGUUUUCAUGGAGGGGAAGAAACACCACAAUCAAGGAGGAAAGUAAACCGGAGCAGUGCUUGCCUGGAAAGGGCCACAGUACCGGAGAGCAGCCGCCACAACUCAGUAUGGCCACCAGAAUAAAGCAUGAAUCAUCUUCCAGUGACGAGGAGCACACAGCUGCCAAGCCAUCAAAUGCGGGCCACCUCCCUCUUUUGUCUAAUAUCAGCUACAAAAAGACCCUCCGGCUCACUUCAGAGCAGCUGAAAAGCUUGAAGUUGAAGAACGGCCCCAACGACGUGGUUUUCAGCGUCACUACACAGUAUCAAGGCACCUGCCGCUGUGAAGGCACUAUCUACCUCUGGAACUGGGAUGAUAAAGUCAUCAUUUCUGAUAUUGAUGGAACAAUCACCAGAUCUGAUACUCUUGGCCACAUUUUGCCUACCCUUGGGAAGGAUUGGACCCACCAGGGCAUUGCUAAGCUGUAUCAUAAAGUGAGCCAGAAUGGAUAUAAGUUUCUCUACUGCUCUGCACGUGCCAUCGGGAUGGCGGACAUGACCCGGGGCUAUCUGCACUGGGUCAACGAGAGGGGCACAGUGCUGCCCCAGGGACCCCUGCUGCUGAGUCCCAGCAGCCUCUUCUCUGCCCUGCACAGAGAAGUGAUUGAAAAGAAACCAGAAAAGUUUAAAGUACAGUGUUUGACAGACAUCAAAAACCUGUUUUUCCCAAAUACAGAACCCUUUUAUGCUGCUUUUGGAAAUCGACCAGCUGAUGUAUAUUCAUACAAGCAAGUAGGAGUGUCCUUGAAUAGAAUAUUUACUGUCAACCCGAAAGGAGAACUAGUGCAGGAACAUGCAAAGACCAACAUCUCAUCGUAUGUGAGGCUCUGUGAAGUGGUUGACCAUGUUUUCCCAUUGCUGAAAAGAAGCCAUUCUUCAGACUUCCCCUGUUCGGAUACCUUCAGUAAUUUCACUUUUUGGAGAGAGCCACCACCACCUUUUGAAAACCAGGACGUUCACUCUGCCUCGGCAUAAGAUGUACCAAGCAACUUCUUGACGGCAGUGCAGAGCUGGGCGUCGCCAUUAAAGGAUCGGUUCUGGGAGCUGUGCAGCUGUGGCUAGGGAGCCUGAUGUGCGGUCAUUUGGUCAUUUGCUUAAGAGCAGAAUGAAUCGAGAAGGAUUUCUCCCUUGCCCUGUCCCAGGGAUGACAUUUCUGAGGGAAAUAGGAAGGGUAUGCUUUAUGGGCAAGGAAUUGGGUGCAUUUAUAGUGUGGAAAGCAUCCCUCGACUGUGGGGUUGUGGCUUAAUGCCAGUUACAAUGCUGCAUUCCUAGCCUGCUCCAGCAAUUACUUAUUGGUUCAUGUGUAAUGUGGGCUUAGGAUACCUAAGCAGAAGGUGGCUAUCCAAGGGCUGUCCCCGCUGAUGACAGUGUCAAUUGAGGAACGCCAGAAGUACAUGGUUUUUGGCAGAGUAGAGGGCACAUUUCCAUUAUAGCAAUGCUAGUGCCACCUUCUUCUGCACACAGUGGGGAGGGCUGAGAAGGAUCACAUGACCUGAAUCUGAGGUCUCUGAAGGGCAUCCAAACCUCACCAGUUCUAGGCCUUGGCUUUUUAGCCUUGGCAUUGUGGGUGUUCCCUUAUGGUAUUUGCUGAUGAGUCUCAUUUUUAGGUGAUAAGUUUUUCUUUAGUUCUUUUGGUUCAAAAUAGCCUAAAUAAUAUUUAAUUGGCAUAUCUUCUCCCAUUUCUUGUGGUUUAAGGCUGGAAUAUUCUGCCUUAAUGCAUCUGUGGCAGACAUUUUAUUUAGAUGCGCUGUAUCUCGUUCUCGGCAAUGCCUUAAAUUAAAAUUAUAAUGAAGAUUACUAAGGCAGUAUUUUUGAGUCCUUUCGACACUCUGCCAGCAUCCUUUCAUCCAGCAAGAUGGUGCUGAUGAUAUGGACUUAAAUGAGCUUACGCCAAAUGAUAAUGAUGUCGACUUUUAUUGGGAGCUGUCCAAAGAAACUGGUUGAUUUUAAGGAAAUAGUUUCAAGAAGUUAAAUUAUAUUCUUUGUAGUUAUUAUUUAUUGUUUUACUCUAAUUAGGUUACUGUUAUAAGCAUUUCGGCAUAUUCUUUCUAUACAGACGUCAUUAAUAUAUUAAAAAGACACAUAUAUUAGACUAUCUGAAGAGCCUUAUUCUGUAUAUCUUGUAGACAGACCUUCUUUAUUUUCCUUAGUUUUCCACUCAAAUUAAGAGCAAGUGAAAAAGUAAUAACUUGAGUGACAUUCUUUAAGCCAAUAGAAGGUGAUUCUUUUACUUGUUUAUUAAAUUGUCUUGUGAAGAGAACAGUUUGAAAAGUGAAAGAAUUAUUUUGGUAAAAUAUUUUGCUUUAAUUUUUGAAGUAUUAUUUUUUUAAAGAGUUUGAUCUCAAUGAUUGAAACACUGCUAUUUAAAUUCAUUGUUAGAGUCAUAGGCAAAAAAAAAAAAAAAAGGAACAGGUGAAUGAAAUUUUACUCUUUCUGUGAAAGAAAACCCACAGAGUUGUUGCCUUCGUUGUAGUUGGUGGGCUUUGCUCGCAGUGAGAGCCUUUGCUGAGUGGUUCCUGUGGAUAUGCAGAGAAAGGCAAAUGCACAUCUGUCCUUGACUGCAGACGUACAUAGAAACAUGGACAUGCAUGCUCAGAUUCCUUUUCAGAGCCAUUACGAAUAAUUGAAAAUAAUCCUGCCUUAACUCACUCCUCUGGACUUGUUCUCUUGAAUUGUUAGUGGCCACAUUGCCCUCUGCAGCACACUCUCAGGAUGAGACUUGAGGACAUGCAGUUUGUGACCCCUUCUUUGGUGUGUCUUAAACUUCCACAUCACUGCAUCCUGAAACAGACCAUGCCUUCCGGCAAAGUUGUACUCUCAGAUCUGUGUUAAGUUCAAGUUCAGCGUGAGCCCUGGCAAGGCUGUAAUAUAAACACCUGCCUUUUUUUUCUUCUGAAAAGGAGAUUUGUAUAUGGGCUGCACUCAUGCAUGUGCAGGUUGGUUUAUCUGUUUAUGUACACAACUGUGGCCCAGUGAUGCUAGAAUGUUGCAUUUGGACCAGGCAUUUCAAAAUUGCCCUCUGGAAAUAAAUGAAUCAUACCACAGUGACAAGUCAUCAAAUGUUCAUCACAUGUGAUGAAGACAAAUAUAUAUAUCUGGCAUCAAGAAAAAUCUGUAUCUGGUGUAUUGGAGAAACAUGAUUAUACCUUCAAAGAGAAUUCCCUUUUUGAUUUUAGGUUCAGAUCACCACUUUAAAUAUAUUCUAUUUAUAACAUUUGAUUUGCAUUUGUAUAUGCUAAUGCAAUGAUAAAAAUCACUGUAAUACUUUUUUGUGUUGCACUGGAGCAAAGCUAGAAAAUAUUGUAAUAAAUGAGACCAAUGAAAGACUUCUCUGAAAA